GCGGCGCCUCCUGCGUCACGUCACGGCCCGGCCAUGGCCGCCCGGCGCGCGCUGCACUUCGUGUUCAAAGUGGGCGACCGCGGGCAGAGCGCCCGGUUCUUCCGCCAGCUGCUGGGCAUGACCGUGCUGAGGCACGAGGAGUUUGAGGAGGGCUGCAAGGCCACCUGCAACGGCCCUUAUGAUGGAAAGUGGAGCAAAACAAUGGUGGGCUACGGGCCAGAAGACAAUCACUUUGUUGCAGAAUUGACUUACAAUUAUGGCAUUGGAGAAUAUCACCUGGGCAAUGACUUUCUGGGCAUAACUCUUGUGUCCAGCCGGGCUGUGAGCAAUGCCAAGAGGAUGGGGUGGCCCCUCAAAGAAGUCACAAUGGGUAUUUUCGAAGCUGAAGCCCCAGGGGGAUACAAGUUCUACUUGGAAGACAAGGAACAGCUCAAGCAAGAUCCUGUGCUAAAGGUAACCUUGGGUGUCUCUGACCUGCAGAAGUCUGUUAAGUACUGGUCUGAUUUGCUUGGGAUGAAAAUAUAUGAGAAGGAUGAGGAAAACCAAAAGGUUUUGCUGGGCUAUGCAGAUAACCAGUGCAAGCUGGAGUUGAAGGCUGUGGGAGGAGCAGUGGAUCAUGGGACGGCCUUUGGGCGAAUUGCCUUCUCCUGUGCAAAGGAAGAGUUGCCAGGCAUUGAAGCACUGAUGAAAAAAGAGAAUCAGAAAAUUCUAACCCCCUUGGUUAGCUUGGACACACCUGGCAAAGCCACAGUGCAAGUAGUUAUUUUGGCUGAUCCUGACGGCCAUGAAAUCUGUUUUGUGGGAGAUGAAGCAUUUAGAGAGCUCUCCAAGGUGGACCCGAACGGUGACAAGUUGUUAGAUGAUGCCAUGGCAGCAGACAACAGUGACAAGUGGUUUGCUGAACAGAAGAGGAAGAAGGCUUCUGCUUAGCUGGAGGAAAGGACUGGGCUGCUCAUUCAUGCCUUGGUUUCCAUCUGAGAAAAAUGCCAACCCUGUGUAACGUGUUGUGUUACCCCUUCCAGGAAGAGGGUGCUGUCCUGUCCCCUGCUCGUUGAUUUGUUUUGAUUUAAGCUUCUAUCUCUUCCUGCUGCUCUCUCCUUUCAAGCAAAUAAUGUGUACUCCUUCAAAAAAUUGAGGUUGUGCACUAAGGAGCAGGUUGAGCAUGUGGCUUCAAAAACAGGAGCCAUCAGUUAAGAGGAAAACCUCACAUCUCUCUAUCAUUGUUGCACCUGGAAAAGAGGUGGCUGGAUUCCUUACAAUAUCUAAUUCUCCAACUAAUUGGCUUUAGCUGUCCUGGAUGUGCAGCUUAGGAAAAAAUUUCAGGUAGCUCGGUACCUGAGGUGCUCCUCUUCCCUGACCAAGCGUUGGGCUGUGUACAGAGCACCUGAGCAGCUCAGCUACCCUAGUGCCUGCCUCUCUCCUGGGAAGAGAACAUUGCCUUGCUAAAGCAGAUGAAUAUUCUAGUCUGGAACAAACCCUGUUUUCAUUCCAAGAGGGGAAAUCUUCACUAGAGAGGCCCGUGGUGCACUUCUCACCAGGGCUGUAUUAUUGAUAUGGUGGUUUCCACUCCAUACCAAGGAGCCUUCCCCAUUCCAGGCGGGAGGCAAGCUUCAGGCUGCUUCAGGGUGUGUGCCAGUGCUGCACUGAAAGAGGCAUGGCUGUGAUUUUUUUCUUUGCAGUUAGCUUUUGAUGAGAGAUCAUUUUUAGAUGCUGCUGGAAUCGAGUCACUCUGCUUUUGCUGGUGGAAUAAGGGCUGGGCGUGUGGUGUGAGGCUCGGCACGCUGCCUGCUGUGCAGUCCUUCCCGCCCAAAGCCUUCAGUAAGUUUCACAGAGGAGAGCAGGCGUGGGCAGCGGCCGAGGCGCGUCGGUGCUGGAUGUUCUGAGCUGAAACCGGACAAAUUCCUCCCCGUGCUGCUGUCGGAACGCUUUGCUUGGAGCCAACGAUGAUUUUUGGUUGUUUGAGCUUCGCUCCCGUCAAAGGAGGGACGUGACGCAUGAGCUGCGCCCCUGGAGCGGGCGCUGCCGCCCUGUGGCGCGGCCGUGGAGCGAAUAAAAGCGCUGUGCGAGGA